CCAAAAUGGCGGAGCAGUCUGACACUAGGGCACUAGCUACGGUACAGAAAACUCGCCCUAGAUAGUGCGCUUAUCUAGUGAGUGUGGAUGUAUUCGGGAUGCCCGGCUGGACUUGAGUAAGCAGGACAGGUAGAAUUUGUGCUGUCCGUGUCGUUAGCUUCGUGUGUUGUGUUCCGUGUGUGAGUUUAAACCGAUAUUUAACUCGGGUUUCAUUCUAAAUGAAGGGGAUUGAGCGCUAGUGGGUGUUUAUGUUGAAAGGCGGUGAUUAUAGUUGAGGUUUGGAGGUGAGCGUGUCGAGCUAGCAGGCUAUAAACGUUAGCAGCGCUGCUGGAGGAGCGAGCUUAUGACGCCCGUGUUUUUCUGUCCGCGAUGCGCCGCGGCUCUGCGGAGACAAAGUGCACAUUUAUAAAGACUUUAUAACGGGAUCUGCGUGUGGAGGUCUACAUCCCGGAGUGUGUGUGAAUACACUCCUCACGGUUCCGGCAGUCUGGGCCUGAAAGAGCCGCUUAUUCAGUACUUUCCAUGUAAAUGAAGUGGUGUUAGCUGUGAGGAGAUCACCUUCUGAAAACAGCAGCACAAUGCUGUCCUGCUUCUCUCUCUCAGCACCUCGGUUCUUCUGAAUACUGAUCCGUGCAAUCCAGGUCACACCUGCUCACACAUCUCAGCUGUGUUUAGAUUCACUUUAUGUAUAGAUAGAUAGAUAGAUAGAUAGAUAGAUGUAUCUGAUUGUAGCAUAAGCGUGCUUUUAAAAAAUUAUAAAUCGCGGUUAUUGUAAUUAUUGUUAUUAUUAUUAUUAUUAUUAUUAUUAUUAUUAUUAUUAUUACACCCGACAAAUAGAAAAUGUUCACAUACUACUGAAUUUAUCUGGAAAAUACAUUUGUAAAUUUUCGGGUUUGGUUCAGAACUGGCUUUAAAUAGAUUUAAAUAUCUCAAAUCGGUAUCUGUUAAAAACCAGAGCAUCCGUCAGUGAUCUUUGUGUAUUUUUGGAAAUACGCAGAGUGCAGUAACCUUUGACCUGCGAGUGUGACGUCAAAUCAGGGACGUUUGCAGCACUUUAAAUAAAUAAAUAAAUAAAUACAUAAAUAAAUACAUUAAUAACCCAUGUUCCAGAUAAGGAUCCGAUCUGAUGUGUGUGUGUGUGAGAGAGAGCGAGAGAGAGGAGAAUAACUGAAGAGGGAAUGAAGCUGACUGCAGGAUUUGCACCGUGUUGUUAGGGUUCCUGUUUGGAGCACUGAGAAGUUUUGAAGUUUUCCUCUAGUUGAGAAACGUGAGUUUAUCGUAUUAGUUGUUGGACGGCGUUGUGAAGUAGUAGUCGGUGUCGGGUCUGUGCUGAGGCGUUCAUGACACGAGAAGAUGAACGGUGAGAAUCCAGCACUAGAUUUAUGCAAUGCCAGAAUGAAAGCGUCUGAUGAUGACCACACCACGGCGCUCAUCUCCGAGGAACUCGUCCUCCGGAAUAGCAUCAAGUUCAUAGAUAAGGAUGUGGUAGCUCCGGGAUCGGGACACAAGGAUAAGAACGAUGGAACCGUCCUUUCGGUGGCGUUGCACGUUCCUGAAGAGAGUAGCGCGCAGGAUCUGGAAUCCCGCUUUUCCGUCGGAAGUGCGAAUGACGAUGAGGACAUGGACAUUGGUGUGGAUUUGAGCUUGGACGAAAGUGGAGUUUUGGAGUCGGACCCGGUGACGGCACUCGACGAGCGCGGCAGUGUGGGUUCUGUAGCGUCUGAAACGGAUAAGGACUCGGACAAGCCUUCAGAAUCCGAUCCUUCGAGUUCGACCGACGGCGAGGCCCCGUCCCCGUCCGCGGCCCUUCAGGAAGGAGCUGGACACAGACACGGAGCCAAGAGGGUCACGUUUCCCUCAGAUGAGGACAUUGUGUCCGGGUCAGUGGAACCGAAGGACCCGUGGAGACACGCUCAGAAUGUGACAGUUGAGGAGAUCCUGAAUGCCUACAAACAGGCCUGCCAGAAACUCAACUGUAAACCCGUUCCUAAAGUGCUCAAGCAGAUUCAGGACUUGACAGACCUGACUCAGCGCAACGACUGCCUGGAUCUGAAGGGAGAGAAGUUGGACUACCGGGCGUGUGAGUCUCUGGAGGAGAUUUUUAAGCGAGUGCAGUUUAAAGUUGUGGAUCUCGAACACACUAACCUGGAUGAAGAUGGAGCGUCAGCGUUAUUCGAUAUGAUCGAGUAUUACGAGUCUGCCACUCACCUCAACAUCUCCCACAACAAGCACAUCGGCACUCGAGGCUGGCAGGCCGCCGCCCACAUGAUGAGGAAGACGAGUUCUCUGCAGCUCCUGGAGGCGAGGAACACCCCACUGCUGGAUCAUUCGGCUCCAUUUGUAGCUCGAGCUCUGCGGAUCAGCGGCAGUCUGACGGUUCUGCACCUGGAGAACGCGGGACUGUCGGGACGUCCGCUAAUGCUGCUGGCUACAGCUCUGAAGAUGAACAUGAACCUGCGUGAACUUUACCUGUCUGAUAAUAAACUGAACGGGCUGCAGG